AAAUUGUCCCUAGGUGUGAGUGUGAGUGUGCAUGGUUGUUCGUCUCUGCGUGCCCUGCAAUUGGCUGGCAACCGGUUCAGGGUGUCCCCAGCCUACUGCCCGAAGACGGCUGGGAUAGGCUCCAGCACCCCCCGCGACCCUAGUGAGGAUUAAGCCGUUCGGGAAAUGAAUGAAUGGAUGAAUAUAUUCCCGGACUAUUACAGUAUAUCAAUGAAGAACAGAAAGGGAAGUGACGUAAAUUUUUCAAAAUACGUCAGGCGUCUCCGCCCACACGCGGCAGUUAUGAUUUUUUUCUUGUUCUUCCUACUUUUGUAAGCGGGUUAGUCGUUAGCUACUAGGUUCAGUUGUUAGCCUAGCACAGAACUCCUAAAACACAUGGCGUCGUAUCAACAUUUCGUGCAAUCUCGCUUCCAAUCUCCGGCGAAGGUAUUCGCGAUGCUUAAAUCGAGAGUACAGAGCGGAGAACAAACGACGUGCGGAAUUGGCGAAGAAUACGUCGCGCAAAUGAAACCAGCCUUGAGCCGAACAGAGAACACCUGGGAACCGAAUGAACUACAUCACAGUUUUGGUGAAGUUGAGGCUUCGACUAUUUCGCCGCUGAAGAGUCCCAAGAAAAGCCUUGGCGAUGCAUCCUCGGACUAUAACAGACAGGCAAUGGAGCUUCCACAUACAACCAACACUGUACAUCGAUUUCGAUCAUCGGUGACACAUUUUAUGGAAUCCACGGCGGCGUUUCCACUACGCGUCGACACAGACCUAAGUUCAACCAGAGACCCUCGACAUAUUGUUGACAAAAGCGUCACCAGAUUCGAGAAAGAAUUAUUUCCUAUCGACGCCUGCAUGCCCCCGGUGUCCAUUUUCCCCCCAGCUAGGAAGAACUCGAGGAAAAGAAAACUGGAGGUGCAUGAGAUGAACACGGUUUGCAUUGGGGCAAACGUCACAUCAGAAAUCGAGGAUGACAACACGGAGAUUGCAGUGGGAUAUCGCUACACUCCAAAGAAAAGCACAUGUAGCAUGAAAAUAUGUUUUGAACAGGGUGCACUGUGUCUUCGGAAAAACUCAUGUCUCCCGCAAAGAUGUUUGCUUACAUAAAAGAGCGGGUAUGCAGAAGAGAGCUAGAGCAAGACAGCGAAGACUGCCAGGAACCAAGUGAACCCCCUGAUCAAGUUGUCCACACUGGCUACGGAUGUCAGAUGCUGCAAAUUGAGAGUCCAGUCACCCAGGAGCUUGCUGACAGCCAGUCAGACACACAUAAUCCUAAAGAGAACUCUCCCUUCGCUGUCGAAUCGGAUCAUAUUUUGUUUGAUCCAAUCCUCCUCAACCGGCCCUCCUUUUCCAUUUCCAAGAAACAGAACUCAAUGUUCAAGGCCAAGCAAAGGCUAAACUCUACAAAAAAACCCAAUGAGAGUGCCUUUCGUCUUGAAAAGUGGUUCCUAAGGAGGAAUCGUAAUGGCCUGUUUGUGGAAGGAAUCCGCGUGGAGGACAGGAUACCAUGGAACAGUAACAUUAUUGUAGAGAGAAUUUCCAGCACUGUGUUGAAGACAUUGUCCGGCAGUGUUUACAUGCUGGUGGGGAAGAUGAAUCUGGAUGUGGAUACUGACUUUCCCCGCUGGCUUCUGAGGAUGUUUGCACAUGGCUUCCCUUCAAACUGGAAAGAGCUUUAUGAGAAGUGGUUGUCAGAAUUAAAAGACAGCAGUAGAAAAGUGAACACUGAAAAGAGAAGCAAAAUGACCAAAUCAACAACAGAGACGUCUGCUCUCAAACCUACGAUGAAAAGACCUAAGAAAAAUGCAAUAAAAACAUGUACAAGACAGAAACAACCUCAAGCGGACACUUGUAUGUCCUACAAACAAGUGACUCGGAGUGGUCGGUUGAUCAAGCCACCCCUUGAUUAUUGGAAAGGAGGCAGGGUCAUUCUGGACGCAGACAUGAAUGUUACCAUAUUUAAUUGUUACAACACUGUCGUCUUAGGCCCUAAUGUUGCUCCAGAAGUGUAUAUGGAGAAGUCUCGAAAACCUGCCCAGGCUUUUUUUCUCAGUGAUAAAGGUCAUAAACCUCGUGAAUCUACCAAAGAGAGCAUCCAGCCGCUGCCACUGACAAAAGACAACUCUCACGAAAAGUCGAGCAAUGAGGAUGCGCUACCAUCAAGCAAACCCCGAAAGCUCCCCCCACGAGGAUCCAAAGGAAAAGUGUGCAAUGCCCCUCCAGUAAACCCCAGGAGAAAACACACGGCCUCUCAAGUUUCCGCAAUUAAUAACAAAUUAUCAGAGCCUGAUGAGCAGCAGGACGAAAGGCGAGCCAAUCACAUUGCUCGCGCUGAUGAACAGGUGUCCAAUGAGACCACAAUGCCGAAACCCCCCAAAAUUCCUUUACAUAAAUCCAAAAAGAAGGUGCUCAAUGCUCGUCCAUUAAAGAGGUCAGGAAUAAAACACACAUCUUCUCAGCUUUCUGCUCUUGAUGAACAAUUAUCAGAGUCUGACUCACUGGAAAAGCAGGAGUUGCUUUCGACAAAGAGGAAAAAACAGUACAAGAGGAAGCACACACACACAUUACCAUCUCCGAGUAAGCCCAAAAAUCUCCCUGGACAACGGUCCAAAAAGAGUGAGCUCAACACACCACCUUUAGUGAGGUCAACGAGGAAACGCCUUCCCCCUGGUUAUUUUGCUAUUUAUGACAAAUCAUCAGAGUCUGAGGAGGAGCCGCACAAGAGGCGAAGUCAUUACACCACCAGCUCUGGUGAUCAGUCAGACGUUGAGAACACACUGUCAUCUCGAAGUAAAUCCAAAAAGCUUCGUCGACAGGGGUCCAAAAAAAAGACGUCCAACGCUCAUCCACUGACAAAUUCAGAGAGAAAUUGCGCUCCUCCUCAGCUUUCUGCCGCUCAUGAAAAUUUAUCUGAGUCUUUGUCUCUGGAAAAGAAGGCGGCGCUUUCUCCAAAGAAGAAGAAGCAGGGCAAAAGGAGCCCCAGGAAGAAAAACAGGAAUCCUCAAACCAAGAGCAUCAAACAAGUGUCGCUUGCAAAGGCUUUAACACAGUUGCCGCAAUCUAAAAAGUUUUCCGGCGGAGGAUCCGUUGCCUGUCCUCAAGGCCAAGAUGAGGACGAGUGGACGCAUGAUGAGCUGACAAAACUACAACAGGCUGUGUCCAGCUACCCCUUGCACACACCAUUCUACUGGGCAAAGGUGGCCAUGAUGGUUGGCACGCGCUCUGCUGAGGAAUGCCACAACAAAGACCUGGCCUUGCAAGACUGCCACACCCCUACGGAGAGCACCCGCAAAAAACAAAAGAAAAAGGCGGCGGAAGCUCCAAAAGGCACAGGCCAUCCCAUCAUAUCUGCAGGCUUGGGAACCUUCAAGAGAAAACAGCAAGUGCGUCAGUUCCUGGAGACAAUGCCCCGAGAGAACACCGACGAUGCCUUCAGCGCCACACACAAUAAGUGCUUUGAGAUCCCAUCCAUGUGUCCGGAUGGAGACCAGGACUUCAAAAUAAGCCAGUUGGAGCCACUGACACCUGUUUCACUGCAUUUCCCUCAAGUGAAGACUCCUCGGUGUCUACAUGCCUCUCCUGGACUGGUGUAUUCUACAAACAGGAGCGAUGAGGACAGGUAUGUCUUUCAACUGCAGAAAGCGAUAAAACGAAAUCAGGUCAAAGGCCACAAAAAAGUUCCAGCAAAGGACUUUGUGCCCACACCUGCAGUUAAAAGAAGAGCGAGACUAUUUGAAAAAACUGGAAACGAUUCCUUUGUCAUUCGGGAGAUGUUUCCAGAGAAAGCUGCCAUGUUGUCAGACAGUGGGGAAGAGGAGGAUUUUUACUUCUCGGACAAUGACUGAAGCAAAUUGACUGAAAGCAAAUUUAUUAAUACUUUACAAUGGAAGGUUCAUUUAAGCAAAUAUCUUCUUUCAGAAGUGCAUGUCGUAAAACAUAUGUGACAUGGUGUUUGAGUGAGCAUAUUAAUAUGUCAGAGUAGUGAAAUAGAAGGUGAAUGAUUUUCUUCAACACACACACGCACUCACAAAUGACAUGCUUGCACACACACUCUCACAUCUCUCAGGGCAUAGUGCCAUGUCAGGCAUGGGCAGAAUAUGGCCCGUGUGCCACGUAAGGUCCAUUCUCUUCACACAAGCAAGAGUCCUUAAUAUUUUAUUUAGUAUUUUUUACAUACUUUAUUCAUUUACCUCAGAGAAUUGGUGAAUUGACACACAUUUUAAGGCACAGAUUGGGUGGACCCAAAUGCAGGAAAGCAGGGAUGCAAGGCACAAAUGCUCUCAAAAAGUAUUUACAGGUAAUUUCCCAAAAAGGAAAACAGGCACUUUGGAACGCUCGUAAAAUGACAUUAACAAAAGUUCCCAAAACAAACACUGAGCUCACCAUUACAUAGCUUUGGGACAUGGUAACUGACAGGAACAAAAACAAACACAAAGAAUCAACAUGGACUCAA